UUGUGGCAAUUGAAUGAAUUGUAAUUAUUUAAGGGUAUUUUUACUUUGAUGGGUUGGGUUUCUUCUGCUUAAAUCUGCCAAAGUUUUGAUCUUUUCAAUAUUUGGUUCAUCCAACCUAUCUAAUUGUUUGCAUUGCCAAGACUAGAUUAAACUUUUGGGUGCUGUGGUUCUUGGGAUGGAUUUAUCUAAUUUGAGGGAGUCAAGUUUGUCAGUAUUUUGCAAUGAGAACUUUUUAGAGUUAUAGAAACUUUUGUGCGUCUGUCUUAAUUUUACUUUUUGAACUGCAUUAUGGAUGUGAAGAUUUCGUUCUAAUAUUGUGUUAGAUGUGGUUUGCCACUUAAUGCCAAAUGAAAAUGUUGUUAUUGAAAUAUAUACUAAUAAUUAAGCAAGACUAAGGCGGUUGCUGUAACUUGAUUGUGAUUUCCUGGUAAAUGAUACCCUUUUGUAGCUAUGCUACUAUCAGGAACAGAUGAAACUCCGAGGCUUAUCAUUAACUCCACACUUCCCCAUUAGUAGGAUUUCAUGUAAUUUAUGCAUCCGCAAAAGUGCCCCCCUUAACUAGAUUGCUGAUAAAGAGGCAAUGACAAGUUGCAGCUCAAGCUGACAGUCUAUAUUAUGUGACCCCGCACAUAUAGUUGCUUGAUAUGGUGAUACUAAUUUGUAUCUAAUUGUGCUGACAUCAUGAUUGCUCAAAAGCUCUAAGUCAAAUUCAAGUCCAUCGUUUUGUAAGAAAAGCUACUUUUAAAGAACCCUUGUCUUUGGAAUGUUUGAAAUGCAUCACCGUGUGUUUCAGUAGAUGAAUUAGUAAUAAGUUAAAUGAAGGUUGAGCAGCUCAAUGGAGAUGGUAUUAAGUAUUAAACUCACUGAUGGGAUGAGUUUGAAACUGAGUUUCCCCUUUCGAUGCUGAUGUUUCCUAGACAUCUUCUGUCGGUUAUUUUAUUUAAACCAUCCUUGAAUAUGUUUAAUGGGGAUGAGGUAGACCUAAAAUCACAUUGAAGGAAGUUGUCUAGAAAGACCUACAAUCUCUUGAAAUCCACGUGAACCUCGUGGAGAAUAUGAUAUAAGGAAGAAAAAGAAUCUCUAUAGGCAACAUCUAUUAGUUGGGACUAAGGUUUAGUGGUGUUAGUAAUUUACUUUAACUUCAAUGUCAGAGUCAUAUCUGCCAGUAGCAAAUAUAGAGAUCUUCUAGUGCUAGAGAAACUAAAUUCUUAUAAUGUUGGAUUGAGAUGUACUUAAGCGACAUGGACAGCAAGAUUCAUGUAACUAAUCCCAACUUGCUUGGGAUUAAGGCGUGUAGUCGUUGUUGUAAUAACCAUUUUCUUCUUAUGCUCGUGCAAAACAGCCAUAUUUGAGGAUCAAUAAUUAGUUGAAAAAUGUCUUCUCCAAGCAAAAGAAGAGAUAUGGAUGUUAUGAAAUUGAUGAUGAGUGAUUACACAGUGGAGACAAUAAAUGACGGAAUUACGGAGUUCAACGUGGAAUUUCACGGCCCAAAAGAAAGCCUUUAUGAAGGUGGAGUCUGGAAAAUAAGGGUCGAGUUACCAGAUGCUUAUCCUUACAAGUCUCCUUCCAUUGGGUUUCUCAACAAAAUAUUCCACCCCAAUGUUGAUGAGCUGUCUGGCUCUGUAUGUUUGGAUGUCAUCAAUCAGUCAUGGAGCCCUAUGUUUGAUCUCUUAAAUGUAUUUGAGGUGUUUCUGCCACAGCUUUUGCUAUAUCCAAAUCCUUCGGAUCCAUUGAAUGGUGAUGCAGCAUCUCUGAUGAUGAAAGACAAGAAUCAGUAUGAGCAAAAAGUGAAAGAGUAUUGUGAGCGAUAUGCAAAGAAGGAGAACAUUGUUGGCUCACCGAAAGAUGAGAGUGAUGAAGAGAUUAGUGAAGAGGAUUUCAGUGGACAGAGCGAUAGUGAUGACGAAGUUGUUGGACAUGCUGAUCCCUGAGUUGAAUAGACUAGAUCCUAAAUGGAGAUCAUGUUUAGUUCAUUUUUAUCCUUGCAUGUAAUAUUCGAUUCAUCCUCGCAUGUAAAUCAAGGUGCCAUAGGUAGUUUAGGGACAAUAUAUAUAACAUGCAGAUAUGUGAUGAUUUUAAAUCUAUUUGGAAACUUUCAGCCCCAUGGUUAAUGUAAUCAAUGUAUGCAUCAAUUCAGAUUCCAGUUUCAAACCAA